GAGGACCGCGCACGAGCCCGCCCAAGCCGCCGGACGGAGAGCGCGCGUAGCAACCACUCGGACGGCAACGGGUGUUUAGCAGCCGCACACACGCGUACAUACGCGUACACACGACUGCGCGCCGCGCCCACCGAGCGCCGCUCCGCUCCGAGGAGCUCUCUCUCCGAGUUAACUCGGCGCGAGAAGCGCAACAAGUCCGAGUCUGCGAGAGCCGGUGUUGCCUUUGGGACCUCCGCGAGUGCUUCGCCGUUUUUCAACCGUUGCGCGUGCGACGCCGGUGCAGCUGUGCGGCUGCGGGCUCUUGCCGCAGCCGCCUCUUCGUGCGAAUGAACCUGGAGACGACGACGUCGUCGUCCUGACGCCGCGGCGCCCCGCUGGUGUAAGCGCGUAGCGACGACGUCGACUGGGACGGACAAGCAUGGACGACCAGGAAGCGGGCACGUCCAGGAACAACAACACCGCCGCCGCCGCCACCACGAACGGCACCGGCAACCAUACGCCGCACCGUAACAGCGUCCACGCACCGACACCUGCAGGCAGGACGGCCGACGAGACCGUGUGCCCGGAGGAUGGCGGCCUCGCCGACAAGCAGCAGCGGCUGGAGCGCGAAGGGGACGACCACGAGGACGAGGCCGUGUCGGCGCCCACGUGCCGCGGCUGCAGCUUUCCCUACCUGCUGGUGCAGGCGCUCAUCCACCUGGGCAUCUACAUCCACAAACUGACGCAGGACGCCUACUCGGUGUCCACCUACUACCAGGAGCAGCAGGUCUACUACUGCGUCAUCUCGGUGCUCUGCCUGUUCGUGCCGUCGCUCGUCUACUCGGCGUACCUGGUGGCCGACAGCAUACUGGACCGCUCCACGCCCGCCUCGGACAUCUGCACGAAGCUCGUCAAUGGGCUGCUGCUUGUCCCGUGGCAGAUCAAAGGGCACGUCGAGGUGCUCCACUUCGCAGCGCAGCGGGUGUGCAGCUGCAUAUCGCCCACCAAAGGCGAGAUGGUGCGGCUGCGCACCCUGAAGCGAGAGACCUUCGUGCUCGAGUUCUUCGAGGACUUCUACGCGGGAUUCAUACAGAUCCUGCUGCAGCUGUAUCUCAUCGUGCUCUUCCUCAACUCGGAUCACACGUCACAAGCACUGAUCGGCCAGCUGGUGGGCUCCGCGCUCAGCCUGUGGUCCCUCAUCAAGGCCGUACAGCGCAAGGACGACGGCCUGCUCACGGGCACGCUCUCCUUCCUGGGAUGGAUGUCCGUCACGGCCGCCCGGGGUCUCGCGUUGUCUCUGCUCACCGCCGUCAUCCACGGAUGGGUCGUGGUCGCCUGCCUCGCGCACGCCGCCGCCAUGACCGCCUGGAUAUCCAGCUUCGUGCGGGACACCCACCGGCGCCAGGACAGCGUGCGGCGGGACUCCAGCGGCGGCGCCGUCAGCGACUCCUCCUCGCAGGCUCCUCUGCGCAGCCCCUGCGUCACCACCAUCAUCGUCUUCGCGCUCUUCGGGCUGCCCUCGCUCGUCUUCUGGCCCAUCAUGUUCGAGUUCAAGCUCAAGCGCAGGGUCUUCCUCUUCACGUUCGUCUUCAUCGUCGAGAACCUGCUGUGCUUCGGCGCUUGGCAGCUGUGGGGCAGCCACACGACGCCGCACAACUACCGGAUCGUCGUGUCGGCCCUGCUGCUGGGCCUCACGGCGUCCGGGGUGUUCUUCAUCGCUCUGUACGUCUGCUGCAAGCCCGAGAAGACGGACCUCGUGGUGCUGCAGCACAUACGCGAGGACAACGCCAACAAGUACGGCAUCUACUUCGACUUCUGCAAGGCCAUCCGCAUCCUGCCGGACACGAGCGACAUCGCGCGCGACAUGGAGAAGAUACGCAUGCUCAAGUUGGUCAAGUGACGGACUAGUCCAUGAGCGAGACGACGGCGAUGCAUUUCGAAAGACUGCGCACAAGAAGAUUUACGCCCUCUAAAGUGCGCGUUGAAAGCGCCCAACACAGCAAACAGACUGCAAGUGUGUGCGAGUGUGUGUGUGAGAGACGUGCGCCUGUUUUAAGGCACUGCAUACGUGGUGGAAAUAAGUGUUCAAAAUGAACUGCUCUUUCUGCAUUAGAGUGAUACAUAAAUAAAACUGUCGCGCUUUGCUUGUACAUCCGA